AUGAAGGCGGCUUCUAUCCUUCCGACGCUUCUGCGUCCCUUAUCGGCACGGCAGUCGCAGUGGACGUGUACAUCAUGCCGCAGCCCAUACCUGAGGGCAACCCGAAAUCGAGCUCCAAUAGGCACACGUCAGGACGGCGCAAGCAAACGAGCAUACUCAUCAAGAACAUCGACGCCCCCUCCGCGGCCUAAAGGAAGAGUCCUUCUCUAUGCCAGUAUCGCAGGAGCAGGCGCGAGUGUUUUGGCUGUCGCAGAAGAUGUGAAGAGCACCUUUGAGGGCACGGAACGGGCAGGCAGGGUGGCUUCGGCCCUGUUCAUCUGCAUAAACGACUACCGAACCACGUUGAAUCAGCGCGAUAAGGUUACCGAUGCAGAGGAGAAAGACACGCUACUGAAGAGCUGCCACAAGAGAUGUGCGGAGAGGACGCUCAGGGUAUUAGAGAAGAAUGGCGGAAUAUUUAUCAAGCUGGGCCAGCACCUGAGCGCGAUGAACUACCUCCUGCCCAACGAAUGGACGUCGACAUUCAUCCCGCUACAGGACAAGUGCCCGGUCUCGUCUUACGAGUCGAUCGAGGAAAUGUUCAAGAGAGACACGGGAGAAGAUCUGGCCGACUACUUCUCCGAUUUUGCCCACGAGCCGAUCGGCGCCGCCUCCCUGGCGCAGGUACACCUGGCCACGAUCAAAGAGACGGAUCAGAAGGUGGCGGUGAAAGUCCAGCACCCGACCCUGGCACAAUGGGCGCCCCUCGACCUGGCGCUGACGAGAUACACCUUCUCGACGCUGAAGAGGUUCUUUCCGGAGUACGACCUCGAGUGGCUGUCAAAAGAGAUGGACCUGUCCCUGCCGCAGGAGCUCGAUUUCCAGUGUGAAGCCCAGAACGCCAUGCGCAUGAAGGCUCACUUCGCCAACUACCCGAAACUGCCGCUCAUCAUCCCUUCUGUGUUGUGGGCAAAGAAACGGAUCCUCGUGAUGGCGUGCGAGUCGGGCCACAGACUGGACGACCUGGAAUACCUGGACUCACAGGGCAUCGACCGCGACGAGGUCUCGGCGACGCUCGCUCGCAUCUUCAACGAGAUGAUCUUUGGCGAGGGUGCGCCACUGCAUUGUGACCCACACGGUGGCAAUAUCUCAAUCCGGAAGAACGACUCGCGGAGAUAUGGUGCCAACUUCGAUGUGAUACUCUACGAUCAUGGCCUCUACCGAGAUAUACCGUCCGACAUACGCCGUUCGUACGCUAAGAUGUGGCUAGCCGUCAUCGAAGGCGAUAUGGAACAGAUGAAGAAGCAUACGAAAGAUGUCGCUGGCAUCACAGACGAGCAGUUCCCUCUCUUCGCAUCCGCCAUCACGGGCCGCGAUUUCAGCGUGGUGCAAUCGUCGAUCAUGAAGCCCAAGUCGGAGGACGAGAAGAAGACAAUGGGAGGCGCCCUACAGGAGGGUCUGCUUGCAGACCUUGUGCAGCUGCUUGGUCAGGUACCUAGGGUGAUUCUGCUCAUCCUGAAGACCAACGACCUCACGCGCAGCCUGGACGAGAGUCUCCAUACUCGGCAGGGCCCCAUCCGCAACUUUAUGAUCCUUGCAAGGUACUGCAUGCGGACCGUAUUCAACGAGCAGCUCGAGCAGAUACGGGAGCACGGGUCCUACUUCCACCCGUCCAACAUGCUCAGGCUGCUGGCCGCAUCAUUUAGCUUCCUCCGCGUCGAGGUGAAGCUGACGUUGUUUGAACUCUGGCUGGGAGCGAAGAGGGCAGUGGGCUGGAACAGCGCUGAUCUUAUGGGGAUAUGAAGAACGAAUGACAAGGAAGAAGUUGGAACGAGCGACGAUACACGCACAUAGAUCUUGAUACCUUGCAUCAUGGCCAGGAGUUUGAUUAGACGACGAUAGUCUUAUCACAUUUUACCACUUGGACCCUUG